CUGUUCUUUCGGCUAUCAUAAUUCUAUAAAACGCUAGAUCAGGUCUGUUCUUUUUUUCUUUGUCCGUUGAAAAGAGCGAUUCGGGAAUCACAAGACUAUUAACGGAUAUUCCAAUGUGCUAGGCUACUUGCCAGUAGCAUACAUAUAACUCCGCUAUGGCAUAUCAAGUCCUGGGAAUAGCGAUCAUCGCUAUUAUUUUCGUUCUAUUAAAAUCCCUCAACGCAACUGAUGCUCCAAAGAUUAAAGGCAUACCUGAAAUUCCCGGCGUUCCUAUCUUUGGCAAUUUGCUGCAGCUUGGAGUGGAUCACGCUCGUGUUGCCCAGAAAUGGGCGACAAAGUAUGGGCCUGUUUUUCAGGCUCGCCUCGGAAAUAGGCGUAUUCUUUUCGUGAAUUCUUACGAAACAGUGAAGCAUUUCUGGAUCACCCACCAGUCGUCUCUCAUCUCUCGGCCUACCUUUCACACCUUUCAUUCGGUAGUAUCCUCGUCUCAGGGGUUUACAAUCGGCACUUCUCCCUGGGACGAAUCAUGCAAGCGCCGCAGAAAGGCUGCUGCUACGGCAUUGAACCGCCCAGCUGUCCAGUCCUAUAUGCCUAUUCUCGAUCUUGAAUCUACUGUAAGCGUCAAGGAGCUCCUUAACGACUGUAUGAAUGGCUCGCGGGACGUGGAUCCCAGUCCAUAUAUGGCACGAUUUGCACUCAACACAUCGUUGACCUUGAACUAUGGAUUCCGCAUUGACGGCAACAUUAACGACGAGCUCUUGGCGGAGAUUACACAUGUCGAGCGCGAGAUUUCCAACUUUCGAUCAACAAGCAACAACUGGCAGGACUAUAUCCCUCUUCUUCGCAUCUUUGGCAAGAAAAAUAGCAAAGCAGAAGAAUACCGAGUCAGAAGGGACAAAUAUUUGACUGACAUGCUCAAUGACUUGAAGGAGCGAAUUGCCAAUGGUACCGACAAGCCAUGUAUAACGGGAAAUGUCCUCAAGGAUCCAGAGGCAAAACUUAACGAAGCCGAACUAAAAUCCAUUUGCCUAACAAUGGUUUCUGCCGGGUUGGAUACAGUGCCUGGUAAUAUUGUUAUGGGAAUGGCAUACCUUUCUACCAAGGAGGGCCAGGCAAUUCAAGCAAAGGCCCUACAGGCCAUUCAAGAUGUAUAUCCCAAUGGGGAUGCUUGGGAGAAAUGUCUUAUUGAAGAAAAGGUUCCUUACGUCACUGCGCUGGUCAAAGAAACGCUCCGCUUCUGGACUGUUAUUCCAAUUUGUCUUCCUCGUACCAACAUCAAAGAUAUUCCCUACAAGGACUCUGUCGUCCCCGCUGGAACAGUGUUCUUUAUGAAUGCUUACGCGGCCGAUUACGACGAAUCUCGAUAUAAGCUUCCUGAUCAAUUUAUUCCCGAGCGGUUUAUAGAAGACACGGAGAUUGGUACACCGCAUUACGCAUAUGGGGCAGGUUCUCGAAUAUGCGCGGGCUUUCACCUCGCUAAUCGAGAGCUCUAUACGGCAUAUAUUCGACUCAUCACCAGCUUCCAGAUUGUCCCAUCCGAUGAUCCUUCGCAGGCUCCAAUUAUUGAUCCCAUUGAAUGCAAUAGUAUGCCCACUUCAUUGACUACAGAUCCAAAGCCAUUCAAGAUUGGGUUGAAGCCUCGAAACGAAGCAAAGACUAGAGAGUGGAUUGCAGCAGCGGAGGAGAGGACUAAAGAUUUGUAAUUGUUUUCGUCAACAGGUGGACGCUUGUGUUAUUGCUCGUGUAAAACGGUGUUUUUAAAUAAAAUUGGAAUCGGAUAUGUCAUCUAGAAUCUCAUUGGAAUUUAAUACUCUAUGAAUUACACCACGGCCAGAAGAGACUUGUUGAUAUAAAAUCGUGCGGCUAGUAUAAAAAUGCCAGAGACAAGCGCAAGCGCACCGGCAUAAAACAUGGCAGGGCGGUACGCGUGCAAUCCACCAUCAGUACCACCGAAUGCUUCUAAGAUGUAGCCCGCGAUUGGAGCGCCCAGGAGAUAGCCUCCAACCCAGCCGGUUACUACCAUACUCAUGGCGAUAGCCACCCUGGCACUACCAAACACU